UAAUAAAAUAAAAAAUUAAAAAGGGUAUCUUUUUUGUUUUGGCGCAUAACAUUGGGAAAAAAUUUCAUGUUGCCUCCAAAUCUCCAAACUCUUCCGCUGAACUUUCCAUCUUUCCUCCAAAAACCUUAUCUCCAAACCUUCUCUCUCACACUGACGAAUCGAUUUCUCUUUUCUGCCACGCCGUCAAACCCUAGUCACGCCGUCAAACCCUAGUCCCACACUCUUCUCCAAUCGUCAAACCCAGCCACACACUCCAUCGUUUCACCACCAAAAAGAGGAUUAAACUACCUGAGACGGUGCCGGAGUGGAAGUCUUCGUCGGAAUCUUCGAAGGCUUAUGAGACAGUUGUUGGAUCCUCUUAAACAUAUCCAUUAAGCUUCAGUGCUCGGAAAUAUGGAUCGGAAAUGGAUGUCUGCCAAUCGAGCGUCAAAAGAAUACGAAGACUGGGUUCAAGAGUUUGUUGGAUUUGCUAUCGCUCAUGCCGUAGACACUAGUAAAAUCAUAUGCCCUUGCUUAGAAUGUUGUUAUACGGAUGUCAGUGCAAAUGUUUUGGAAGAUCACUUAAUAUGUAAUGGAAUUGACAAAAGUUAUACAUGUUGGAUAAUGCACGGGGAAAAGAAUACCAAGUCAACAAUGAGGAGCAGUGGGAGAGAUACAUCAAAUGAUUUUGAAAAAGAUACGAAUACUGAGUUUGAUAGAGUUGAAGAUUUUGUGAAUGUAAUUGAAGAAGAUCUUCGUGAUUGUCCUCAAAUGUUUGAGAGACUAGUAAGUGAUGCAGAGACUCCAUUGUACGAAGGAUGUACUAAAUUUACAAGAUUGUCUACGGUCUUAAAAUUGUAUAACUUAAAAGCACGCCAUGGAUGGUCUGAUAGGAGUUUCACAGACUUGUUGACUUUGUUAAGUGAGAUUUUGCCUAAGAAUAAUGUGCUCCCUAGUCGAACCUAUGAGGCUAAACGAUUAUUAUGUUCUAUUGGCAUGAGUUAUGAGAAGAUACAUGCUUGUCCAAAUGAUUGCAUCUUAUUUCGUAAUGAGUAUGCAUCAUUAAAUAUGUGACCUAAAUGUAAUGCCCCACGAUAUAAGAAGAAAGAAACAGCUCCAGCCAAAAUGCUAUGGUAUUUUUCGAUAAUACCAAGAUUUAGGCGCAUGUAUCGUAAUGAGGAAGAUGCAAAGAACUUAACAUGGCAUGCAAAUGAAAGGGUUGUUGAUGGAAUGCUCCGACAUCCUGCAGAUUCUCCUCAAUGGGCAUAAAUUGAUCAUGAUUACCCAGAUUUUGGGCAGGAAGAAAGAAACCUACGUCUCGCAUUGUCUACUGACGGAAUAAACCCUCAUGGUAUUCAGAGUAGUAAAAUUACUUCUUGGCCAGUGAUUUUGUUGAUUUAUAACCUACCUCCAUGGCUAUGCAUGAAGCGCAAGUACACGAUGUUGACUAUGUUAAUUUCAGGGCCUAAGCAACCAGGAAAUGAUAUAGACAUAUACUUGGCUCCAUUGAUUGAAGAUUUGAAGCAUAUGUGGGAGACAGGUGUAGAGGUAUAUGAUGAGUAUAAAAAGGAAUCCUUCAAAUUGAGGGCUAUGUUAUUUGGAACAAUCAAUGAUUUUCCCGCAUAUGGAAAUCUAUCAGGUUACAGUGUCAAAGGACAGCUUGCAUGCCCCGUAUGUGAAGAUAAUACACAUUCAAUACGGUUGGAUCACUGUAUGAAAAAUGUAUUUCUUGGACACCGUAGAUUCUUAAAUACCAACCAUCGUUUUCGAAAAUUGAGAAAAGCAUUUAAUGGUAAAUCAGAAGAAAAAAGAGCUCCUUUGCCUUUGACGGGUGAUCAAUUAUACCAAAAGGUAAAGCUUUUGAGCACUAAUUUUGGAAAGCCUUUUUCAAGUGAACUUGUCACGGGAGGAUGGAAAAAAAAGUCAAUUUUCUUUGAAUUGCCAUAUUGGAAGUCGUUGUAUGUUAGACAUUUUCUCGAUGUGAUGCAUAUUGAAAAAAAUGUUUUUGAAAGUGUCGUUGGUACAUUACUCAAUCUUCCAGGAAAGUCAAAGGAUGGCCUGAAGGCAAGGUUAGACCUGCAAAGUAUGGGAAUAAGAAAUGAAUUGCAGCCAGUUAAGAGGGAGGGUAAGCGUACAUUUCUACCUCCAGCAGCUCAUACUCUGUCAAGAAAAGAGAAAAAGAUCUUGUGUAAGGUUCUUCAUAACAUUAAAGUUCCAGAUGGCUACUCAUCAAACAUUAAGAGUGUGGUAUCUAUGAAAGAUCUCAAAUUGAAGGGUUUAAAGUCUCAUGAUUGUCAUGUUUUAAUGGAGAACUUUCUUCCAGUAGCUAUACGUUCCAUUUUACCUGAAAAUGUGCGAUGGACCAUAACUAAACUUUGUUUUUUCUUCAAAGCCAUUUGUAGCAAAGUUAUUGACCCUGAGAAGUUGCCGAUAUUACAAAAGGAAAUUGUUGUCACAUUAUGUGAACUUGAGAUAUAUUUUCCACCCUCAUUUUUUGACAUAAUGGUUCAUCUAACCGUCCAUCUUAUCAUGGAAACACAAUAUUGUGGACCGGCUUAUAUGAGGUGGAUGUACCCGAUUGAGCGUUACAUGAAGAUAAUAAAAGGGUAUGUGAAGAAUCGAAGUCGACCAGAGGGUUGUAUUGUUGAACGAUAUUUUGUUGAAGAAGCUAUUGAUCCAUAG